AUGCAAAGACCUUCAACCUUAAUUCCAUCAUCUACAAGCUGUAAUAUACCUCCUACCGUUCAGUUUUUAACUGCGCCAAUAGACAAUUCUGCAAUUAAUGUUACCUCGCCUUCUUGUCUCUCUGGAGUCGAAAAUCGAAUAAUUUUAAAUGUUGGGGGUAUUAGAUACGAAACUUAUAGUCAUGUUUUGAAAAAAAUCCCAGCAACUCGAUUAUCCAGAUUAACUCCAAAUUUGUCAAAUUAUGACCCUGUGAAGAACGAAUAUUUUUUUGAUAGACAUCCAGGAGCUUUUUCUUUGAUUCUAAAUUAUUAUAGAACUGGAAAGCUGCACUAUCCAGCAGACGUUUGUGGUCCUCUUUUUGAGGAAGAACUCGAAUUUUGGGGGCUGGAUUCAAACCAAGUUGAGCCUUGUUCCUUGAUAGAAAGUAUGGAAAUGGACACAGAUAUUCGCCCAACACAAGAAGAUGUAGCCAAAAAAUUUGGCUGGGAGGAUGAAUAUAAUAAUGGAAAAUUAAAUUUGUGGCAAAAAGUUAAGCCAAAAUUGUGGUCGCUUUUUGAAGAGCCGUGGACAUCGCGUGGGGCGAGGAUAAUUUCAAUAAUUUCAAUUUCCUGUAUUGUUCUAUCUAUUUUAUGUUUUUGUUUAAAAACUAAUUCUGGAAUGCGUCAAGUUGGAAAUUUUCCUGCUUCAGAAUAUGUUUAUUUUAAUAAUAAUAGUGUUUUGAUUAAAAGUAUGAGGCGGCAAAAUAUUAAUUUGACAAGAAGUCCACCAACAACAGCAACAACUUCCUUCAUUAUUCAAUUCUUCUAUUUAGAAUUAGCCUGUAAUUUAUGGUUUACCUUCGAAUUUAUUGCCAGGCUUCUUUUCGCCCCUAGCCGUUCCAAAUUUAUUAAAAACCCUUUGAAUCUGAUAGAUUUAUUUGCAACAACUUCGUUUUAUAUUGACUGGAUUUUAACAAACAAUUUUUUAAAUAAUAAUGAUUCUUUGGAAUGUUUGAAUAUUAUGAGGGUUUUGAGGCUUUUUAAAUUGGCACAACACUCUUCGGGAUUGAAAAUUCUUAUACAGACAUUCAAAGCUUCGGCGAGGGAAUUAAUUUUGCUCUUCUUUUUUGUCGUUCUUGGAAUGAUUUUGUUCGCCUCAUUAAUUUAUUACGCAGAACGAUUAGAAUACAAUCCAGAAAAUCAAUUCGAGUCUAUUACUGUAGGUAUGUGGUGGGCAUUGAUUACUAUAAGUACCAUCGGUUAUGGCGAUUCUGUCCCAAAAACUAGGUUGGGUAUGGUUGUUGGCUCGUUAUGUGCUUUAAUGGGUGUAUUAACUAUUGCAUUACCUGGCAAGUUUAAUGAGAACUUUAACAUGAAUAGAUAUGAUGCAAAGCAUAUAGCUAUUUUAUUCCUAAGGCUAUAG